UCUAUUUCAGCUUCUCAUCUAUCAACAAUGCUCACCGUACCCUAUCUGCCUUCUCCAGCUCCACUGUUUCCAUCAGCUCCGAAUCCGUUUCUCUUCAUGAGCUUACAGUCACAACUACAAAUGUUUAUGUUCCACUUAAAUACGGCUAAUCAAGCACAAGUACCUCUGAGUGAGAAGUUCUGUAAGAAGCGUAGAGCGCCCGGUGAAUACAGGGAAAUGAAAAAGUCGCAUUCGCUAGACAGUGACGGAUUGUUUGAUAACAUGGGUGAUGUCAUCAUUCCCAGUACGGAUAAAGAAGGAUGGUGUCGAAACAAGAAGUACAUUGAGAAAACCGAAGAAGGAUUUAUGUGCAUCGUGUGCAAGAAAAUAUACGGUCGCUACAAUUCAGUUUCGUAUCAUGUAACAAUCUACCAUCGAAACCCUCCAAUUAAAUGCGAUCUUCCGGGUUGCCAAUUCACAACCAGAGAAGCGCGCUACAUUCACUUCCACAAGUACUAUCGUCAUGGGGUUGCACUUCCGGAAAGCAUCGAUCAGGGGUCAAGACGAUGUCCGCAUUGUAGGCACGUUUCAAAGAGCCCAGCAAUGCUUGAGAAGCAUAUAAGACGUCAUCAGAUUGUGGAAAAUGCAAGGUGA